GGAGCACCUGGCAAAGGUCGCUUGGGCCUACGCCAAGGUCGGCAUUCCCGAUGAGCGCCUCUUCGAGCAGCUCUCCGCCGCCACACUCGCCUUGCUGGCACCGUACCUAAAGCGAGUGGAGGACGCCGCCGCCGCCGCGCCGUCGCACAGCAGCGCCGCAGCCGUCGCCGCCGCCAUCGUCGCUGGCGGCCGGGCGCCACUGGACGCCGUCGCCGUCAGCAACCUCGUCUGGGCGUUCGUAAGGACGCAACAGGCUCAUCCUGAGCUCUUGGCGGCACUGGCAUCUGUAGCAGCGCCGUACAAGGGGCUGUACGACAAUGAUCAGUUGGCGUUACUGGCUCGUUCGUACGCGGCGAUUGGGCAUUACGACGAGGCGUUAUGCGCUGCGUUCUCAAUGGUCGCCUGCCGGCGUCUGCGCCACCUGAGCGGCCCGCAGCUGAGCGGCCUGCUGGGCGCACUGGCGCGACUGGGCCACCGGGACGAGCAGCUGGCGGGCGCGGGGGCGGGGCUGGCGAGGGCGCUGGCGCAGCGGGGCAGGGAGGGACAGCUGGGCGCGCAGGAGGCCUGCGAGCUGCUCUGGGCAGUAGCCCAGCUAGGCCUAGACCCCGGCAGCCCCGGCUCCUCCUCCUCAGGUGCCCCGGCAGUUCUAGGCCUCAUCGAUGCCUCCAACGAAAGCCCUUCCGCAGCGGCACCUUUCAGCCGCCGCCGCGCCGCCGCUGGCGUUCAUCCCGACCUAUCCCCCACUAUAGCCCUGGCAGCAGCGCUGCGGGGCCGAUGCGGGGAGCUGCCGCCCGGGGACCUAGCCCGGGCCCUAUGGGCGCUGUCGGUGGUGCUGCCGCCGCAUCUGCCGCCGGCGAGGGCAGUGUACGGCAGAGGCGGAGGCGGCGGUUGGGGCGAGGUACGGCAGUUGGUACGGGAGCUGACGCGGCAGUUGGGCGGGCACCCUGUGGAGAGCUACAGCAGGGAGG